UGAUAAAAUGCUUUCCUUUUCAUUAUGGAUCAAAAUCAUUUUCAUCCUGGCUUUGACAGUUACUCUUCAUAAUGAGACUGCUGUUGUAGAUUCAGUGCAUGCCUCAAAAGUGCCAGACUGUGACAAGUAUGCAAGAAAUAAUUUUUUUUGCACCAGAGAAAUGGAUGAAAUCUGUGCAACCAAUGGAAAAACUUAUAACAAUGAAUGUGUUUUCUGCAGUGAAAUGUUGAAAGCUAAGAGAAAAUUUGGUUAUAAAUAUGACGGUCGUUGUGAUGGAAAACCCUUUCCAAGGUGAUUCCUACAAUCAACUGGAAUCUUCUCAAUCAGGGUCUUGAAUUCCUAUCCAAUGAAUGAGGCCCUCUAUAGUUCAGAAUGUGGAAUAUGAGAUACUGAAGAAUCUUUCC